AUGCCGAUGACUUGGGCUCAGAGGCUGGUUAAGGCUCUACAGGAUGCUAUUGGGAGUAUCGCCAGAGCUGCUAGGCUUGUGCGCGACACUUCAACAUCUUACUGCCGCUCCAUCGGCCUCGCGAUACUGGUCACGACUUUCGGGGAAGAAAAGGCUAAAGUCCUUCUUCGGCGCUCGCGACUCACAGCGUUGGCCCGAUCCGGAGUCCACGUCCUUCCCUCGCUGGCUUCCCUCGUCAUCAUCACGAUCAAUCUCAUGACACUCUACAUCGGGGAGGAGCUGGUCGGGGAACUACUUAUUGUAGGCAGCUUGGCCACUAUCAUAUUUGAUACUCUGCGCCACCGCCUGGUCACGGAUCGUGGUGUACCGCUGGGCCUGCUGGGAAGCGGGUUCGCGUUCACCCAGGUCAGCUUCUUCUGGUCUACUGACUUCCUCGGUUCUCUGGUCUACCGCGACUCAUGUCUACUUCGCAAACUCUUCUUCAUCGGUCUCUUGCUCGUCUCCGGCGGCAUCGCUGUCCUUGCCGGUCCCGCGACGGCCGUGUUGAUGAUCCCUCGACCGAUGGAUUGGCCAAUGGGCGGGGCUCACAUCUGGCUCAAUGGCGACUCAUCCCUCAACGGCUACGACUGCUCAACCAACACCUCCAAGUUCUUCGACCCGGUCUGCCCUUCGUCCGGCUACAAGGCGACGUACGACCACGUCGACGUCUGGCACGCCCUGCCGGCCAACUGGCUCGGCGACUUCGACCUCACCGACACAAAGAUGCGCAAGUCGGUCCAGUACCGCCUCCGCCGACCGGACUACCACGGCGCGCACGGUGCGACCGUCCGCUUCAUCGACGACAGCUGGGCCGCCACCGUGCACGCGCCCGCCGCGAACAUGCUCCUCGCCGCGCGGUCGCUGUGGCUCGACGCCGUCUACUUCGCCGUCGAGCACGCCCGGUGGCCGCGCGUCUCGCCGUUCGCCUGGAUUGCGUCCUACCCGCUCACGCAGAUCCACCGGGUGCAGGCGGACCUGCCGCUCGUGCGCGUGCGGUGCGACACCAGGGUCACGCAGCUGAGCAGUAGUCUUAGCGAGAGUUGGUCCAACAUAUCGUUUCCGCUCGUGCCUGUGAACGAUCACGCGCAGAGCGACAGGGGGAGAUUCGAGGUCCUCGGGCCGAUCAAUAAGGGACGCCUGCGUAGCAGGAUUGCGAGCGCUGGUCCGAAAAGAAGGGGUCACUUCCUCGCUGUGCCGUUGAUGUUUGAGGUUGGCACCAAGAACGAGAAGCAGGGGAUUGCCGUGCUCUGGCCGACGGUCCGACCCAAUGGUACCCUGACGGGUAUGUGGACAGCCAGAGGAUGCACGCAUCUCAGCGGCUGGGCAGAAGGGAGCAUAGUUGUCAACUUUGGCGGCAAUACACAGAUCUACGACUUUGAGAGGGACCAGGGUGGCCCACGCAUGGAGAUCGACAAGCUGUUGCAUGACUGGGGGUGGAGCUACUUCUUGCCUCACGAUGACGGAACUUGGAGGAAGAUAUUCGUCGACACUUCGUGGUGGGAUAUCGCACUGCCAACAUUAGACGGAUACAACCUAGACAGUCGACAGAACCUACCCGCAAACAGCACAACUUUAGAGAGCGUGCUUGCAGCAGCCCUUCACAAAGACGAGUUCGCUGACGGCAAGAAGGAGGAAGUCGCCAUCAUGACCGAAUUGAUUAUCUCCACUCUCCUUGUCGACACCAUCUCUCGAGUGUCCUCGCACCGUAUGCUCAACUACAGCGCAUCCCUGGAGCCUGAGCUUUCCAAGCCCUGGUCGUGGGCGCGCACUCGCGAGUACAUCAUCGCGGGAAGGGAUCCCACGGUCACGAUGCCCAAGCCAUCGUCCGGAGCCGCCACACCGAUGACGAUGCGCGCGUACUUCCACGGAUUCGUGAUCGCUGCAAACGGGUGGUUUGACUAUUUCAGCAUCGUCCUGCUGGUUCUGCACGCCGUCAUGGCCUUGGCGUUCACCAUCAAGACUGUGGUCUUCAGCCCGCUCACGGGUGAUGCCUGGGAGACUAUCCCCGAGAUGUUGGCCCUGGCGCAGAACUCGCCCCCUCCGAGAGACGAUGUGCUGGACAACACCUGCGCGGGGGUCCGUAAAUGGGGCACGUCUGCGGUCAUGGCAUGGGUGGAGGAUUGUAGUGCCCCUGCUACUUCUGGAAGUCCGAAGGAAGAGCUGAAACUGACGUUUGGGAAGAAGGUCGGAACUAGAAGGACAUGUGCAACGUAUAGUAUGCCGGAUAGGGCGUACGGGAAGAGGCAAGCGAAUGUGAGAUCUGACUAG